CCGCCGCCGCCGCUGCCGUCGUCGCGGUUAGGCACGUAGGUCAAGUUACGAUACUCCGCUUCUCGCGGCUCCGGCGCGGCGCAUUCAGUUCGCGGGGAGCGCUCGUGCGGUGCGCGUUGUUGUCCCGUGUUCCUCUAGAUGAUCGAUCACGUGGUGGACCCUGCGCCGAGUUCCGCACGCGAUUCCGUCGCGAAGACGCGCCGCCCGCGCCGUCCGCGUCGUGGGGAAGGGAUUAGAUGUGCGCGUCGACGCCGCGAUGGACAACCCUAGCGGCGGAAGAGACGGUCGGUACGCGAGCCUCAGCUACAGCAUGGGGAUGAUCGGGAGCGAUGCUGGCACGGAAAUCUACGGCCGACCGUCCACCUCCCAGCUCGCGGCGGCGGCGGCGGCAGCGGCGGCGGCUUCCCAGUUGGGCCGCGGCGGCGGCGGCGCCACCAUGAUGUCGAACGUCGGCGCCGCGACGCCGGGCGUCGGUCCCGUCCAGCGGGGCAUCAAGCGCUCCACCUCCGACGUCUGCUACGGCGACGACGGUAAUAAUCCGCGCCAGCAGUCCCUCUCGCAGGGCAUGCCCGGCGACUGCGUGCCCGACAAUCUCGACGAGUCUUUCACCAACCUGGGCCAGCCCAAGAAGUCACCCCCCUCGAACGGCAAGAAGACCAAGGGCCGGGUUAAGAUUAAGAUGGAGUACAUCGACAAUAAGCUCAGGAGGUACACCACCUUCUCCAAGAGAAAGACCGGCAUCAUGAAGAAGGUUUGUAUGGUUUGUAUAACCUCGGCUAACGAUUUAACGCACACGGCACGCGGUUACCGGCUUCUCCCGCUGAGACCGCUCUCUACGAGCGCGAUAUCACCGCGCUCGUGGAACGUGGGCCGCGUGGGCGUCGCGUAUGUACCUCUCUCUCUCUCUCGCGUCUUACAAGUCUCGU